AUGGCGUCCCUCAAUGAUGCCUUCUACCAGGGCCAUGGAACGAAGCGCCCAAGAGACGACGUCUCGCCCAUCUUUUACGACCAAGAGAACCUCGUGUCGCAGAAGCGUUACCGUCCCGACCACCUCUAUACCAACGACCUGAACCCCUCGUCAUACCUCGCUGCACCCUAUGACCCCUUGGCCGUGUACAACAGGCAGCCUGACACCGACUUCUCCCUAUAUCAACCUCACCCGCACCUCGCCUCCGCCCAUCCGCAUUCCCUUCCGAACCCUCACUUCGACGCGCCGAACACACACAUAGCAGCCCAGCCCGUCCAGCACCACCAUCAGCAGCAGCAGCAGCAGCAACACCCCUCCUACUGGGCCCUGCCUGUCCAGCGUCUGCCACAGCAGCAGCCUCUCCCCCAGCUGCCGUCGCAACCCCAGCUGCAGCCGGCCUUCCAGCCCCAGCCCCAGCCACAGUCGCUACCGCAGACUCCUCAGCAAUACUACACCAUGCCUGCUGAUCACGUGAACGCUGCCUCAUAUCCUGGCACUACCGAUUGGUGGCAGCCGCGCCCUAGCCCUAGCAACAGUGCAAUCGACGCCUACAACUACCAGGUCGAGGAGCCAUGUGUCUACGGCACUGAUGCAAGUCAACAUCUAAAGUUGCAGAGUCUAGCCACUCUAGACAACCUCUCUACGCAGAUCAUUCUCAAUCUUGCCAAGGGCUCACUAAACGACAUUCUAUUGCUCACCGCUGGCCGGGAUCAUGAAGGAAGUCAAGCCUACUUCACACGGCGAACCCUGUUUGACCAAACGCGUAAGGUUUACGCAAAGAAUGCAGUCUUUAUUGACAUGCACACCCUGCCUGCCUUUACUGCCUCGCAACAAGAGGUUGUACGCAAGGCAAAUCGCGCCAUCUUCAUUUCCAGUAUCCUCGAGGGUCACGACAUCAGCUUCUUCGACCUGGAUUCCCGCUUCCUGGAAACCUUCAUCUGCCCUGGCCAGCGCCUACUCAAAUGGCAGGGUACCAUCUUCUUGGAGUUGAAGACACAGGCCUACAUCGCUGCUCUAAUGAACAAUGAUGGCCCAGCAGAGUCUCUGCUCGAUGAACUGUUUCCACCCGACUUGGCCGACCAACUAUUGUCUCGCCAUCCGGAUACCCCCAAUCUUGCACCCAGUGAGCAAGACUUCCUCGACCGAGCACGCUCUAGAAAGCAAUAUUUGUUUGACGAACCUCAAUACGAGGCAUACAGUACCCUGCCUCGCAAAUACGGCUGGCACGACUUUCUACGAGAGUUUGCUGUCUCGCUUAGCAAGAACGUCGAAGCCGUCAUCAAUAACCCGGCGCGAACUCCUGUCAGUCAACCUGGUAUCAUCUCACCUUCUUUCAGAGCCGGAAGUCGUGGAACCCCGGGAUCAGGCAGAUUCGGAAGUCUGAGCAGUCCUAUAGCUGGUGCUCAAGACUUGAGCAAUGGCCUCAAUGGUCAGAACAGCCUGAACCAAGACAGCGCCCAGCGACAGCCGACCCCAUUACGGCCAAUCCAAAGAUCUCCAGACAUUGGCCAGUCCGCCACUUCACCAAAGCCACGAUCAAAACCAGCAAAAUCAGGUGGUAGCGCUACACAACGUCAGCCCUGGAAGCAAGAAGAAGAGGACGCCCUGAUGGCCGGUCUGGCCGAAGUCAAAGGUCCCCACUGGUCACAAAUCCUCAGUCUGUAUGGUCGCGGUGGCAGUGUGAGCGAAGUCCUCAAGGACAGGAAUCAAAUACAACUCAAAGACAAGGCCCGCAAUCUCAAACUCUACUACCUCAAGAUGGGCAAGGAGGUUCCCGAAUGCCUACGAGGAGUCACAGGAGAGUUACGCAAGAGAGGUGGUGCACGUGUACGUGCCGCUCUUGGUCUGACGGAUGAUGAUGAUGCGGCAUCGAAAAAGGGAUCGAGAUCUGGUACACCGCUUGAUCCGACACUGAAGGCAUGA